UUGUAGGAAGCCAAAAAAAGUACACAAUGCCUUAUUCUGCUGCGCUGGCAGUGGCAGUUAAUGUGAAAACAUGAAGUAACUAUUCUUAAUUGGGUGUUAUUGGGGCCGCUGUCCAUAUGAUUGACAGUCUGCAUAGAGUCCAUGUCAUUCAACUGAAUGUCUUCAAUAAUGAGUUUACAUCAGCAAAUGGGUUCUGACCGAGAUUUACAAUCUUCAACUUCUUCAGUCAGCCUGCCUUCGAUUAAAAAAGCACCAAAGAAAAGGCGUCUGUCACUAGGCUCACUGUUCCGGAGGAAAAAAGAUACAAAACGUAAAUCACGAGACUUAAAUGGUGGUGUAGAUGGCAUUGCAAGUAUUGAAAGUAUACAUUCUGAAAUGUGCAAUGACAAAAGUUCUAUGUUUUCUUCCUGCCCUUCUGAAGCUGGCUCUAACAGUAAGCAGUCAGGGGAAGUUAUGGAAUGUCCAUUGUGCCUUUUACGACAUUCAAAAGACAAAUUUCCUGAAAUAAUGACAUGUCACCACAGGUCCUGUAUUGACUGUUUGCGCCAGUAUUUACGGAUUGAAAUCUCGGAGAGUAGAGUUAAUAUCAGCUGCCCUGAGUGUUCUGAGCGUUUUAAUCCUUAUGAUAUCCGUAUGAUAUUGGGCGAUGAUAUUCUGAUGGAAAAGUAUGGGGAGUUCAUGUUGAGGCGUUGGCUAGUUGCAGAUCCUGACUGUAGGUGGUGUCCAGCUCCAGACUGUGGGUUUGCAGUAAUAGCAUUUGGCUGUGCCAGCUGUCCUAAACUCAUGUGUGGACGAGAAGGCUGUGGAACAGAGUUCUGCUACCACUGUAAACAGAUUUGGCACCCUAAUCAGACAUGUGAUGCAGCUCGCCAGCAGAGGGCACAAAGUUUACACUUGAGAACAAUCCGUUCAUCAUCUGUCAGUUAUAGCCAGGAGUCUGGGGCUGCAGCAGACAAUCUUAAGGGUUGUCCACGCUGCGCAUGUGGUAUUUUAAAAAUGAUCGAUGGCAGUCUCAAUCACUCUUUUUGUAGCAUAUGCUGCUGUGAGAGUUGCUGGACAUGUCUCAGAACAAUAUCAGACCUACAGCAUCUAUCUCCUUCAGGUUGCACUUUUUGGGGCAAGAAACCUUGGAGUAGGAAAAAGAAGAUUCUGUGGCAGCUUGGAACUUUGGUUGGCGCUCCAGUAGGAAUCGCUUUAAUAGCUGGGAUUGCAAUUCCAGCCAUGAUUAUUGGAAUCCCUGUAUAUGUUGGGCGAAAGAUUCAUAGUCGUUACGAAGGAAAGGAUAUUUCCAAACACAAAAGGAAUCUUGCAAUUGCUGGUGGUGUUACAUUGUCUGUUAUUGUUUCUCCUGUUGUAGCAGCAGUUACUGUAGGUAUUGGUGUUCCUAUUAUGUUGGCGUAUGUGUAUGGAGUUGUACCCAUUUCCCUUUGUCGCAGUGGAGGAUGCGGUGUUUCAGCAGGCAAUGGAAAAGGAGUUCGAAUAGAAUUUGAUGAUGAGAAUGAUAAUGUUGGAGGUGGAAAUGCUACAGUAGAUACCACAUCUGUAGCAGAGGCACAUCACAAUCCCAGUAUUGGCGAGGGUAGUGUUGGAGGCUUGACUGGCAGUCUGAGUGCAAGUGGCAGUCAUAUGGAUCGGAUAGGUGCAAUAAGAGACAAUCUGAGUGAGACAGCUAGCACUAUGGCACUGGCUGGAGCGAGUAUUACAGGCAGCCUUUCAGGAAGUGCUAUGGUCAGCUGUUAUAACAGGUUAGAGGUGCAAGCUGAUAUACAAAAGGAACGGUACAGCCUGAGUGGCGAGUCUGGCACUGUUAGUCUGGGGACUGUUAGCGACAAUGCAAGUAUCAAAGCCAUGGCAGGAUCCAUCCUUAAUUCUUAUAUGCCAAUGGACAGAGAAUGCAGUAGUAUGGAAGUACAAGUUGACAUUGAAUCAAAACCUUCUAAAUUCAGGCACAACAGUGGGAGCAGCAGUGUUGAUGAUGGUAGUGCUCCUGGACGUUGUUGUUCCAGUUCCAAUUCUGUCGCUGCUCCAGAGACAAAAUGCUCCAACUCCAAGUGGUCCAAAGAAACUGCAGCUGGGAAAAAAUGCAAGGGUAAACUUCGGAAAAAGGGAAGCACAAAAAUCAAUGAAACAAGAGAGGACAUGGAUGCACAGCUGCUGGAACAGCAGAGCACUAAUUCAAGUGAAUUUGACUCUCCAUCAUUAAGUGGCAGUAUACCGUCUGUAGCAGACUCACAUUCUAGCCAUUUCUCUGAAUUUAGCUGUUCAGACAUGGAAAGCAUGAAAACAUCUUGUAGUCAUGGAUCUAGUGAUUACCAUACUCGUUUUGCUGUUGUCAGCCCUUUACCUGAAGUAGAAAAUGAUUGUCUUGAGAGCUCACUCCCACUUAGUGGAAUUUCUCUCUCUCCCACAUCUGUACGAAGUACUGAUGUUCCACAGUUAAGUUAUGUAGCAGAUGACAGUCUUUAUCCUGGGAUUUCUUCUAAUGUAGGUUAUCUUGGUGAAACUGCUAAAGAAACAACUAACCAUCAGCAACAAACCGAUAUGAAACACACUGCAGUGCAAACUGAGAUAUAACCUGUGGCAAAGUUGCAGUUGUGUUUGCCACUAACCAGUCCACUAAUAGUUCUGAAAAUAUUAUUUUUUUAAAGUGGGUUUUAUUACACAAGGACUAAAAUUGUUAAGAGAAGGAAAUCUGCUUUAAGGUGUCUAAGGAAAUUUGUUGUGUAAGUUGACAACAUAAUAGUGUACAAUGGUUCAGAAACCUUUAAUGUAGGGGUUGUAACAGCAUGAGAGGUUUGAUGUUCUCAAGUGAACUAGGGCUUUCUGCUUAAAUGCUUAAUUUUAAAGGCAAGGCUGUCAGAUGCCUUUAGGAAACGCAGUUUGACACCUUCUUUGAGUAAUCUUGUGUGGUUAAACCUGUUUUUUUACUGGAGAAAAUCUCAAAGGAGCAAAAUCUUUCUGGUCUGUUUUUACACUGUCGGGUUGGGGGUUGUGAAGAAAACAGUGCUAGAGAACCCUUAAGAAAUGUGUCUAUUUCAGAUUUCAAGUUUUGUACUAAAUAGCAUAAAAGAACUUCAGUGCUGAUAUGAAGUGCAACGUAUCUUGUCUCCUUUUGCUGAGUUCUCUGAGGUCGUCUUCUUAUGUUUGACCUAGUAUUUGUAAGCGGUUUAAUAACAGCAGUAUUUGGAGCCCUGGAAGAUCUGUUCAUCACGAUAGCCAUGUUUAUUUUGUUUCUAUUGUAUUAGAAAACACUGUCUUGCUGAAAAGAUGUUACUACUAAUCCUGUUAUGUUCACAUUUAGUAAAAUUGUUUCACCAUUGA